AUGGUUCGUACCAAGAAAAAGAAAACCCUAACGGUGCCGAGAAGAAAGCUUCCAUUAGAUAUCGAAGAAGAGAUACUCGCUCGAGUUUCACCUCGAUCUCUCCGUCGCUUCAAAUUCGUCUGCAAAGAUUGGGACGCUCUUUUGAAAAGUAAGAUUUUCGUCAACAAAAACUUUGCUUGCGGUCGCUCUGAAUUCAUGAUACAGACACAUUCUCACAUCUACUCGAUAAACGUCGAUCUCAACGACGAUCCAACUAUAAAAGUGACUGAUUUAUGCUUUGAUUCACCCCGUCGUCACCGUUAUUUUGUAUGUGGGAUCUGCGAUGGUCACCUCUUCAUUGACUCUAGUUUGGAAGGAAGCCUGGUUUGGAAUCCGUUGUUAAUAGAAAAGCCUGAGAAGAUUGCCAAGGAUGUUGUAUGUGGCAGAAGUAUGGGUUACCAAUACGAUGGUAGUGGUACCAAAAAGAUUUACAAGAUUAUUGGAUGUUGCUCUACUGAUAGGAUCGAUAGAGUUGCAGUCUUAGAAUUUGCAACCAAUAAGUGGGAGGUUACUCAUUGUACUACUUCUGAUAAAACUGUAGGAUCAAGAGACUUGUGUAUGGUCUCUUUGAAUGGAAAUUUGUACUGGACAGGUUCUAAAUAUCCCCACAAUGGCGAGUAUUUUAUCGAAAUGCUCGAUUUUUCGAAAGAGAUAGUUAAGAUCUUUUGUAUACUACCAUGUGUGGGGAAAAAACAAGGUUCCCAUACUCGUGCGCUAUCGAUUUACAAGGGAGACCGGUUUUCAGUGUUACAACAAUCCAGAAAAACAGGAGAGACUGAGAUUUGGGUGACAGAGAAGAAAAUUGGCAAUGGGGAUGAUGGAGGCAAUGUGGUCUGGAUUAAGUUCUUGAAUAUCUUAAGACCUGACUUCCCCAUGAUAGUUAGGCACCACUCUACAAGUUACUUCGUCGAUAAUAACAUCUAUGGAAAGAGCUUUGUUAUGUGUUGUCGUAGCAAGAAACCUAAACAAGCUUGGGUCUAUAUUGUGAGGGGAGAUAUAUGCAAAAAGAUUAAGAUAGAUGAAGUGGCAUGUGAGUUUAAGUCAUCUGCCUAUGUUCCUAGUUUGAUCACCAUAUCUCGUAAAGAGACAGAGACACAACAUAUGAACUCGAUUAGUCGGUGCAUGUCUCAUAUUAUACAUACGACCAAACAAAUUCAUGUUGGCUGA